GCUUUUCGAACGAGCCGCCAUGGAUAGAAUGCACGCAUCAGACUGAGGCCGCUUCAAAUAGUGUUUCGCUCAUGGCGUUAGCGCAGUAUUAUAAAUCGAAACGUUUAAUAGACCGUAUAUUUGACAUCUCGAACAGUAUUUCCGGGUUACGUUUGUUUGAUUUUUAAUAAACUGGUAUAUUAUCGGAGAAAGAAAAUGAUCACAAUGACGUCAUUACUCCACGUGUGUAUAUCCAGUGUGCUGUCUGUCCUCACUUUCCUCGUGGAUAAAGCAGUGUCACAGACGACAGAUACGAUGAAUGAGACUGUUAUCAUUGCACCAGACACAGGAGCCCAGGUCCUCAAUUUCCGGUAUCUGUCGACGGACGAAAGAGCGGCUCUGUGGGCCUGUUUCCUCGGUGGACUGAUGGCGAUGGCUGGGGCUGGAAUCCUCUACUACGAAUACCGUCUCAAGAAAUACGAGCAGUUCUUCCCGUACAACCCAAGGAAGAAGUAUAAGAAAUCCAAGAGCGUUGAAGAAACAUCUCACUGAGCGCAGGAUUAUUUCCGAUUUCGAUUGAUGUGAUCAUGGACUAAAGUCUCGACAAAAAUAGGCGUCUCAAGAAAUAGAGUUCCUUCGUAUUCAAGAGAAGAAUUACAAGACAUUCGUGAUAAUAGAAGAGACAUCACAUCGACAGGAAUGUCAAAGUUUUUAUUAUCCACUUUGGUUGAUGUAAGCAUGAACAAACAGAUCUUUAAGUCGUACUUAUUAUUUUCUAAAGAGGAAGUACGAGACAUCCAAUAGCAUUGCAGAGAUGACACCGAUAACAAUUUUAUAGUCCUUAUUUUCGAUUAAUUCAAACGUGGGCCAAAAUCUCCUCAAAGAGACCUCACAAGGAGAACGAUUUCAUAAUUCUUAUUAUCCAUUCGAUUGAUGUAAACCGACAAAAAAGUGAGAGACUGUAAACUACUCGAAUACCGUCUCAAGAUGUCCGAAUAGUUCAUUUUCCAAGGAAGAGGUACAAGAAAUCCAAAAAGAGCAGAAAGCCUCACAUUCAGACCACUUUCGUAAUUGGUAUGGGGAGGGGAAGGGAGGGGAUGGGGUGCAUACGCAUCAAUUUUAUCUCAAAUUUAUUGGAAUGUCUCUGGCUUUCUAAUCUCCUAUUUUCUCUAACCCGGAUACCCCAGUAGUUACUAAAUCAAGAGUGUUAAAAAUGUGAUGGGCCAAUGUAAGUACCAUUUUUAAACUGAAGGGAAUGGAAACAUUCGAAUUUAGCGAUAAAAUUUUCCACUCGCAUGGGCCUAAUGGGUGUCUAACCCACCCCCCCCCCCCCCCUCCAACCAUUUAUGAUUGCGAUUUUCCAAUCAGGGUGAUGUAUCAAGUCGCGCUCGAACUUAAAAUAUUUUAUUAGUGUAUGUUCACCUUUUGGUUUUGUUUUCCUCUGAAAGUGUUAGCGACGAGCGAUUUUUGACGCACAAGUCGGCACUAUUUUUUGUGUAAAGUGUAUCUACUUGUAUCUGUAUGUAUAUAUUGCACCGGUAAAUGGCUAUUUUUAUACAGUCUGGGUAUUACUAAUAAAAUUACAUCUUUGAUAGAA